ACUUUAAAACCUCUUUCAAACUAAACAUUGCCUCUUUUUUCCCUAUUCUUUGCUUAACCUUCAGCAGCUGGUCAUCAGCCUUUGGCCUUAGCAUCCUACUCCCCUCCCACCACCCCCUGCUCCUGUCUCAGCUCUGUUUGAGCAGAGAAAUCCAGUGGGGAAGCUGCUUUGGGCUCAAGCAAGACUGUUCUCUCAAAAAUUUGCUUUUACCUCCUAAAAGCAGAAAGCUGGAGGUACAGGGGCAGGUUGACACUUGGACUGCGUGUCAGUGCUGCAGAGGAAAAAGGGAGUGUUGAAGAGCUGUGUGGGAAGGAGGAGUGGGUUUUGACCAAAUGCUAUGACAAAGAGCUGGUCUAAGAAGCAGCAGGGACUCUUGCCUGUAAAAGACAAGAUUGGAUGUGUCAGAAGCUCUGAAUUUAUGGAGCAGGGACUUCACUGCAGAGUAAAAACAGGGAGCCUUUCUUAUUUAAUGAGGACAAGGACAAUGUGUCUCUUUGUGGUGUGUCUGCUCAGUGUAUUGGGGCUGACUGCUCCUGAGCACUACACUGUGGAAGACAUCUGCACUGCAAAGCCACGUGACAUCCCAGUGAACCCUAUCUGCAUCUAUCGCAACCCUGAAAAGAACCCCCAGGAGGGUGAGGGGCAAGAGUCAGCAAAGGACAAGAUCCCAGAGUCCACCAACCCCCGGGUCUGGGAGCUGUCAAAAGCCAACUCUCGGUUUGCUGUCAUCUUCUACAAGUACCUGGCUGACUCCAAGGACAAUGGGGAAAACAUCUUCAUGUCACCCCUCAGCAUUUCCACAGCUUUCGCCAUGACCAAGCUUGGAGCCUGUGGUAGCACCCUCCAGCAGCUCAUGGAGGUCUUUCAAUUUGACACCAUUUCAGAGAAAACAUCAGAUCAGAUCCAUUUCUUCUUUGCCAAGCUGAACUGUCGCCUUUACAAGAAAGCAAACAAAUCCUCAGAUUUGGUAUCAGCCAACCGUCUCUUCGGGGAGAAAUCUUUAAGCUUUAAUGAGACUUACCAGAACAUCAGUGAAAUCGUUUAUGGAGCAAAACUCUGGCCCUUGAACUUCAAAGUGAGUUAGAACUACUCAGGAUUUUGCU